UUUUUUUUUUUUGCUUAGAGGCGGAACCUUUCUUCUUUGGCUCCGUGCGGCAGCCGGGGACCAUUUGCGAGCGUACUGCUGGGCUUUCCUCGCUGGUAAAAUGGCGGCGCCCGUGAUGAGAUGCUGCUUGGGGAAAGUUCUGGCUCAGUGUCCUAGGCGUAUUUUCUCCAGAAUUGGUUGUCAUUCUGCAAUUGUUCCCUGUGUUGUCAACUCAGUCAUCUCUACUAGGCACUAUGCUGCAAAGGCGAGAAGAAAAUCCAAAAGUGAAUCCCGAAAGAAAACCCCAGAAGCAGAGCCCAAGCAAAAGAAGCAGAGUUACAAACCUCCCUUACCCAGUGAACCAACUGAUGACGUCUAUUUAACAUGGUGCUAUCAAAGGCCGGUUUAUGAGGCAGAGGUGGCUGUAGAUAUGCUCAAGAAAUUUCAAGUGUUGGACUUUACUCCCCCCAACCAGGAUAUUUUUGUUGAUAUUACCCUUGAUAUGGCAAAGGAGAAGAAGAAAACAGUGGAGCAAUUUGUUGGCACAGUUCUUCUGCCUUAUCGUUUCACAAAUGACACCCACAAGGUUUUAGUACUUACAGAGAGUGAGGAAGAAGCUGCCCUAGCAAGAGAAAACGGAGCUGCAUUAGCAGGAGGGACUGAAUUAAUCAAACCGAUUCUGGAUGGUGAAAUCCAAGCAGACUUUUAUGUAGCUGUGCCCAGGAUAGCACCCAGAAUCAGUUCUUUAAGGGGCAUACUGAAGAAAAAGUUUCCAAAUGUCAAAAAUGGUUCUCUUAGUUACGACAUUCCCCAAAUGCUUAGCUUCUUUAAACUGUGCCAUGAAUAUAUGGUGGAAAAUGAGAACUUGAUCCACACUCCGAUCGCAACGCUGGAUAUGCCUAAUGAUCAGAUAGUUGCCAAUCUGGAUGCGGUUAUUAAGGACGUUUGUAAAUACAAACCUUUGAGCUAUGGCCCAUUUGUGACAUAUUUGACUAUUCAGAGUUCAAGCAGUGAAGGAUUAGAUUUAAAGUUUGAGCGCUUUCUCCCCAAAGGAUCUGUGAAAGAAAAAGCGGAAGAGAAGUUGGAAGAAAAAGAAGAUGAUAGUGAUGAAGAAGGAGCGAUGCAAGAGUCCAAAUAGUCUAGUGUUGUGUAAAUAUCUUUAUCAUUCUCACUGUACAAAAAGCUUAAAGGAGCAGUUCUGUUAACAACUUAGGUGGUCUGUGAACAAACUUAGGAUUUGGGGGACGUACAAAGGCUCCCCCUAGGCAGAGUUUUAUAAAUCAGGCUGAGCAAUUUAUAAAAAUGUAUAGAAGGUAUUACAUUAAUAUCUGAACCACCCAAGUAUUUGAGGCACCGAUUGAUUAUGAACAUGGCUUGCGAUGCAAAACCUCUCUGUUCAUAGAACAGGACUUGCACAGCCCUCGAUUAUAUGCAGCUCUUUCUCUAAAUGAACAGUCCACAUCCCGUGCCUUGGAAUGAUUCCAGGUUCCUGUGGCAAGGGAAUGCAAAAGUCCUAGUUACAGUAGCUGCUUUUGUUUAGUUUUUGCGCUAAUGUCUCCAUGUAUUUGUUCAAUCAACACAAGGGUUGGUUUGAUCAUUCCAAAACAUGGUUUUAAGAGGAAAAGCACACCGUUGGGUAAAACAACUUCUGCUGCUUCUGCAGUGGUUCAUUGGUCUGCCCCUCCCUUCCUCUUCCUCUCUCUCUCUCUCUCUCUGAAAUUAAGCAAAUUGUUAGUUUGCAGUUUUAUGGAUUAUGCUUGCUGACUCCAGUCCCUGUGGUUUAAGCACAGAUGUGCUUGCUGGGAUGCUGCUGUUCUCUGACAGGCAUUAUAAUCUUGGGGCUGCUGAUCUUAGCCCUGGAUGACCUGGGCUUCGAUCCCACCCUUCUUCCAUAAAUUGGAUGGCUUUGGACAAGCUGCUGUUUCUCAGUUGUGGAUCCUUGUGUGGGGUAAAAUUGAAAUAUAGAGUCAGAUGAAUGAGUUUGAGGUGGAGAGUAGUGUUGUCUGUAGGGUGCUCAGUACCCAAGUCCUUGCCAGGGCCAGUCCCAGUGAAUGGAAAGUCUGCUGAUAACCUGAAAAUAUGAAGCUGCCUUCCAUUGAGUCACACCAAUGGUCCAUCCAGUGUUGCCUCUAUUGACUGGCAGCCCCUUCUCCAAGGUUCCAGGGUUCUCCAAGGUUCCGUCAUUCCCAGCCCUACCAGGAGAUCCUACCAGGGAGUGAACCAGGGACCUUCUGCAUGUAAGGCAGAUGCUCUAUCACUGAGCUAGAGCCCCACUUCACAGGGUAGUCAGCUAACACUUGACAUACUUAAUUGUAUUCCAAUGUUGUCUCGUCAUAGGAACAGAGGCUGCCUGAUACUGAGUCAGGCCAUUGGUCCCUCCAGCUCAGGAUCGUCUACGCUGACUGGCAGCAGCUCUCCAAGGUUUCAGGCAGGAAUCUCUCCCAGCUCUACCUGGAGAUGCUGCCGGGGACUGAACCUGAUAGCUUCUGCCGGCAAAGCAGGUGCCCCAUCGCUGAGCUUUGGCCCUCCAGGUGGAUGAAGCAGAGUUUGUAGCCCAGAGAGGAAGCCAGAGUCAGUCGCAGCUCCUAGAGCCGAGGGGCAGCAGAUUGCAGCUAGGCUGGAGAACCGAUUAGAAAGCAGGUGUGAGAAGCAGACAGUUGUGAGCUGGGGAAGUUAUAAACUCCAGCAGGGUCGGGGGAGUCCUGCAGUUUAUAAGGCUCUAGGGGAAAACAUGGUCUUUGCAUUCCUGUGCAUCUAAACUUGGCUUGCUGGUAAACAUCUCAUCCUCGUGGUUGCAGAUACAAAACCAUGAUCUCCCACCCCGCCCCCAAUACCACUUCUGAUAUAUUUCAGUGGGUAAAAUUCUAAUCUGCCUUGGAGUAUAAAACUCUGCAGCAUAUAAAAAACUGAUCUUGGGUAGACAGCCCAUGAAACUGGAGAGCAGUGGUGGCAACUUGAUUAUCCCUGGGCGGCACUUGGCAGGCAUGGAGUCGGUGGAAGCUGUCCACUGAUUAGACUGUGGGGACUUGGAAGGUGCACGUGUUUGAAAAAGUGUUUCUUGCGGAGCUUGACUUGCUUGUUUGAGUUAUCUCUGCUCUGUUGGCUAGGGAUGUACACAAGCUCGGGGCGGGGCGGGGAUUGGUUCCUUUUAACGAGGAGGAGUGCAGCAGGUCCUGACCUGCUGCUGCUCCUCCGGGAUCGGUGCUGGCGUGCAAAAGGCUGCGCGUGGCUGCUUCCUUGUUCCUCAAAGCCUGUGUGUGGCGUUGGCAUGCACAUGGCCACCGGAUGAGUGGUGGGGCGGCAAAGCAGCAGGUCAGGACCUGCGUCACUCCUUUUAAAAGGAACCGAUCCCUGCCCCAUCGGCUCGGGUGCGUGUUCGGCUCCUUGCUAGGUAAUGGGGCCUGUUCAUAAGUCCUCAUCUGCGAGCCCCCAGUUGGGAAGCAGGCAGAAGAACAAUCUUGUGGCUACACUGAGCAAUGAGUUGCCUCAAUAAUAAUAAUAAUAAUAAUUUAUUAUUAUUAAAAUAAUACUCAAGAGAAGCAAAAAAAAGAAACCCAAACAAACCAGAGCUACCAAUCAAGGGACAGGAGACGGCCACCGGAGUCAUUCCAAAAUAAGAGGCAAGAGAGACCACCUCUGGGCAACUCAAAAUUUCUCCUAUAUUGAGGGAGUGUGGUAGACAUUGGCACUUUAUAGUAAGAAGUGGAGUGGGAUUGGCUCUUCUGGAUCACCUGACUUCCAAGCACUAGGGGAUGUGCACGGAACCGCGGGGGAGGCCCGAAGGUGCUACUUUGAGAGUGGGGGAGGGUGCACUUAUCCCUCCUGCUGCUUCCCCCCCGCUGGCAUCCGUUUUUCAAAAAAGCCCAUCGAGGCAGCAACCAGAGACUUCCAGUCAUAUCCAUGCAACGGGGCGUCAGGGAGGUAUGCUGCCGCCUCCAUGGGCUUUUAAAAAAACGGACGCUGGUGGGGGGAAAGCAGCGGGAGGGGUAAGUGCACCUUCCCCUGCUCUUAAAGUUAGACACCCCCCACCGUUGAACUGGCAGAAACACCGGUUCCGUGCACAUCCUUAUCAAGUGCAGGAAUAGAAGAACAGCCCUGCUGGAUCAGGCCCAAGGCCCAUCUAGUCCAGCAUCUUGUUUUGCACAGUGGCCCACCAGAUGCCGCUGGAAGCCUACAGGCAGCAGUUGAGGGCAUGCCCUCUCUCCUGCUGUGACUCCCCUGCAACUGGUACUCAGAGGCAUCCUGCCUUUGCAGAUUCUGGCCACAUUGCUGCAUGGUCUGAAAUGCGCAUGCAGUUCCUUACUCCAAUCAGCAUUUGGCUUAUAGAGGUCUUCAGUUAAAGCCUGUGGUGCCUGUCACUGCUCUGCAUCCUCCAUUCUUUUGAAUGGGGCUCUUGGGGGACUCUCACAGUGCCUGUUGAAAUGAACAGAUGCACUCUUGCAGAUGUACCUGCUGGGUUAUGCCCUUUGAGUGUUGAAAUGCUGCACAACAGAUAAUUUCUUUGUCAAGGAUUUCAGGCAAGGUGAUGGUGAAAUUCCAGCUUUUGCUUUGAGCAGCAAAGUUUUUCUCCCCGAAAGGUUGCCGGUGAUGCUUCUUAGUGUCCAGAACAGGAUGAACUAUGCUCGUUCUGCAAAACCUCCUGGCUGUGAUGGACGAGUAGAUUGCAGCAGCUGGAAACAGCCAUGAUGAAACGCUGCCUUUUGCCUAGUCGUUCUUUCUGCUGUGCUAAAUCAGAGGUAUAAAUUGGAGCAAUCUUUUUAUUUUAAAUGUUAACAUGACAUCCUAUUAAAGGAAGAGCGAUUGCGCAGAUGCCCCCAGAUCCCUACGUUGACAACAAUUUCAGACAUGAAAAACUAUCGCUGUCGUCAUUACUUUUGUAAUGGUAGAUUGUCUGUGGUUUUUGCAUGCAGACGGGUUUCAUCGACUGGCUCUCACCAUUAAAACAGCUUCAGCUCUUUUGAGCCGGGCAACAUGAGUUGUAACUUGGCAGAAUUUUCCCUAGUAAACAGCUGUGCCGGUGGCUGAAGUGUUGGGUGAUGCGGUGGCCUCAGGCAGGCUGUGAUGGAAACCCACUCCAUCUCCUCUUCUGCAAUAGUCCUUAAAAGAUGGAAGUGAGUACCAUAGAGGUGUAUGGGCAGUUGUGAGGUACAAGAACAUAGGAAACUUCUGUAUACUGAGUCAGGCCACUGGUCCAUCUAGCUCAGUAGUGUCUGCAUGGACUGGCAGUGACUGUCCAAGGUUUCAGGCAGGAGUUCUUUCCCAGCCCUAUCUGUGGAUGCCAGGGAGUGAACCGGGGACCUUCCGCAUGCAAGCGGAUGUUCUGCCACUGAGCUACAGCCUCAUCUGCUGUUUGACUAGGAGGGUCAGGAGGCAGAAUGUAAAUGGAAAUCAUUCCUUGAGUUUGCCUGUGCUAGGGGUAAAAAGGUAAAGGUUUGCUGUCGAGUCGGUGUCGGCUCCUGGCAACCACAGAGCGCUGUGGUUGUCCUUGGUAGAAUACAGGAGGGGUUUACCAUGGCCAUCGCCCACACAGUAUGAGAUGAUGCCUUUCAGCAUCUUCCUAUAUCGCUGCUGCCUGAUAGAGGUGUUUCUCAUAGUCUGGAAACAUACCAGCAGGGAUUCGAACCAGGAACCUCUUGCUCCCUAGGCAAGUUACUUCCCCACUGCACUAGGGGUACCUAACCUCUCUUUCUCUGCAGGGUGGGGUUUUUUUGUGUGUGUUUGUUUUUUUGCUUUCAUACAGUGAUGUGCAAGUCCUCACCCAUUUGGAGUUUUCUAACAUUGUUGGAUACAUGAAAGACCUUUUAGAGUUCUGCAGGUGCUUGGGAAUGCUUGAAAAUCCCCAAUGGAUGGAAAAACACCCCACCUUCUCUAGUUUCUCUGGUCACCCCCCCCCCCACACACACAGAGCUUGCUGUCUCCUCCUUUCCCCCCAAAGUAACAGGCAGCAAGGGUGAUCUAGUCCCACAUGAGGGAGCCAUCCCCACCUGUCACUCCCCCACUUUUCCAAGGUAAGGGAUUUUUGCUUUAGGGUGGAGAGGAUGCCUGCGGAAGGACCUGUGUGGGCAGGAUACAGACCCAAUUUUGAGUUGGACCUUGCUCAAAGGGGACAAGUUCUUUCCAUCCAAGUGAUUAUGAUAAAAGCUAGUAUUUGGAGCUUUUUAGCAUAGAGAAAAGGUGACAAAGGGGAGUCACGAUGAAUUUUUAAAAGAAGUAUGCAUUGUGUGGAGAGAAUGGAUGUAGAGAAGUUUUUCUCCCUUGCUCUCAACAUUAGAACCUGGGGUAAUAGGAGCCAACAUUAGAAUCCCAUGAAUUUGACUGGCAGGAAGUUUAGGACAGACGAAAGGAAAUCUUGAUCACACAGUGCAUAUAUUUAGUUAUGGAAUCUAUUGCUACAGGAGGUGGUGCUGUUGACUAAUCUUGAAUGACUUUAAACAGGGAUUGGAGGAUCGGGCAAACUCAUGAAAGGCAGAUCUACCAACAGCUACUCGUCUUGAUGGUUACAGGCUACCUUUAGGUUCAGAGGCAGGAGGGAGUAUGCCUUUAUCUCCUGUUCAUGGCCUUCCUGGAGGUGUCUGGUGAGCCACUGUGGGAAAUAGGAAGCUGGACUAGAUAAGUGGUAGAUCUGAUCCUGCAAGGCUCUUAUGUUCUUUGCAUGGAGAAAGUCCCAGGUUCAACCCCUACCACCUCCAGUUAAAAGGAUCUUUGCCAGCAGAUGCUGGGAAAGAUCCUGACCUGAGACAGAACCUGUGGAGAUUAGCAUCAUGAGACUAUGGGCAAGCUUGGACUAUCAGCAGGAGGUUGGUUCCCAGGAAGUGUGGGCUGGUGGCGGAUGUGUUGUUUGAACCCACCAAAGUCCAGUUCCUGAGUCUUCUGUCCAACAUUUGCCAGACAUUCUCCUUAUAAUCUACAUUUGAAGUUGGGUGGGGAAUGUUGGGUGAAAAGUUUGGUAACUGGACUUGAGUGAGUUUGAACACCCACUGGGAGCAUGCAUUCCCCAGGAACCCUUUUAACCCCUUUUUUGGUCAGAAAGCAGUUGAAGGGGUAAUUCAGCUUGGGGGAAAGGGAUUUAGCAGCUCGGGGACAUAUUUCUGGAUUGCAAAGAGCACUUAUGGGAGAUCACACACACCCCACUCUCUGCUGCUUGGGAAGCCUCUAGCAGUGAGUAUGUAGCCUCUUGCUGCAUCCCUGGAACACUGAUGUGGAUGUCAGCCACUGUGUCUAAGGAUUACAGUCCUUCACUUAAAGCAAUGUCCUUUUAGGCAUUUAACUUAGCUCUUGUUGGCAUAACUUGGCACCAAAUGCAGGCCCCUUCUGGUUUGUUUAGGCGGAAUAAAUCAGGAUACCAACUGACCCUGAUUCAACUCCAGCUUCACUGGACUGCAGACGCCUAGUGGUCUUGGAUGGAGAAUGUACAUUGGAUACGGCAGGUUUAUCAUAGUUGUAUCCUGCCCUUUCUCCAAGGAGUUCAAUGUUCUCACACUACUUCUUCAAGUAGGUUAAGCUGAUGGGGACUGGCCUGAGAUAAUCCCGUGAAUUAGAUGGCUGAGUGGGAAUUUGAACCUAGCCCUUCCAGUCCAAGGUUCAGCACACUAUCCAUUACCACACAUACACCAGGGUUGAAUUAUUGGGAACCAAAGAUGCAUCAUAAUGCACAACUCCACCAUCUGAUCCUGCAGAGUUCACUUAAUGGAUUAGGACUGGCAAAUACAGUACUGGCAAACGUUCUCUAAAGCCAAGGUGUGGUUGAUACUUGGAAGAAGUGGCCUGUUGCCUGCUGAACAAAACUGCUUUUUAAAAAUGGCAUCUACCUAUAUAAUUAAUUCUCUUGGCCAGCCAUGCGUGGAGAUGUGUGGCUGGCUUUUGCGGUGGAACUCUUGCAACACGCUGUGAGAGUUCCCGGCAUUGGGCGGCAAGACGCUGGAGGAUGACAGCUGGGCCCGGCAGCGGCGGCAAUGGAGGCGGCUGCGGUGGUGGGGAGGCGGCGGCAACGGGCCUAGCCACAGUAGUGGUGGCGGGGGGCGACCCAGCUCGACCACAGUGAGGAGGAGGAGGCGGGUCCAGCCACGGUGAGGAGAAGGUGGUGGCGGUCUGGCUGCCAGGAAGAGGGUGGCCGAGUAGGUGUGGGGGAAUAGGGUAUUGCCAGCCCCAAAGAGCUCACAGAUGCUCUGUGCGGGGUCGGCUAGUUUGUUUCUAAUAGUUGUUGUUAUGAUAUUCCAGAAUAAGUGCCAAAUAAAAGAACUCCUCCAUGAAUCACUUGCAUUCAUAGAAAUGUAGCCUCACAUUGGGUGAAAGCUAUAAUUCCAGUUUUUCAACGUUUAUUCCAUUGUUUCACAAUAACAUUUAACCAAUUUGGUUUUGUAAUUGGUAUAUAUUUCAACCCUAUUGAUGAUUGAAGUUCCUUUCUUAUUCUACAAAUAAUCCUUUAAACAUAUUUGGCCAUUAUUUGACAGGUCAGAUGCCCAAUCCUGUGGUGGCUCAGGGUAUCUUUCUGUCAUCUUUGACUAGAGGUUUGAAAAGCUCCUCUGCAAUUCUAUUUCUUGGAUGGAAAGUAAUUCUACAGUGGCCGCGUGAAAUUUAACAGAUGCCCGAAACACUGUUGCCACCAGGUGGCACUCAUCCCCUACAUAGCUCAAUCAAGUUCUGUCUGUUUUAAAGCAAAUAUGAUUCACUGAGACUAUGAAACUGAUUAUUAUUAGCCGUUAUAAAAAUAUAACCAAUAUGGUGGCUAUAGAUUUAUGUGCUUCUGCCAAAGAGGGCAGCAAUUGAGUACUUGAGCAAAACUCUAAUGCAUCGUUUGUAUUACAGAGCACAGAAUUUAAUAGUGUGUGGUGCAGUGGGAAAAUGCUUAAGGAAAAAGCAGAAGGUUGCCAGUUCGAAUCCCCACUGCUACUGUAUCAGGCAGCAGCGAUAUAGGAAGAUGCUGAAAGGCAUCAUCUCAUACUGCAUGGGAGGAGGCAAUGGUAAACCCCUCCUGUAUUCUACCCAAGAAAACCACAGGGCUCUGUGGGUCCCAGGAGUCGAAAUCGACUUGAUGGCACACUUUACCUUUACCUUCUAACAUAUAACAUCCUGAGAAUUUCAACACAUAAUGGGGAAGUGGCAAUUUUUGAUUCCCUUCCCCAGGAAGUCCUUAGCGCCGCCUGAAAAUGUGUCUCUGUUCCCAAUGUCUGUGCAACACUCUGGGAAUAUUUUCAGGUGUCAGAGAGGGCUUCCUGGAGAAGGGGUGUGUGUGUGUGUUGAAAAAUUCUGCUUCCCUGCUGCACCAGUCCAGUGCAGUUCUGUUAGGGUGCAGUCUCGCUGCACCAGUGCAUCCUUGCUUUGUAUGUCAGCCAGUCUCAUUAACAAACAGCUGGAUGUGUGGACUGCACUGCACCAUACACACUUAAUAGUAUUGGCUUCUGCAAACUUUGUAAAAUAAUGCAGUGAGAAGUUAAAAUAGGGGAGCCAAAACAUUACUGCAUCUUGUUCAACUACUGCUUUAUUAGUUUAAAAAUGUGUAUCCCAUUUUUCUUCUUACUAGAAAACUCAAAGUAGCUAAAAGGGCACACAAACAAUGAAGAAACAAAAAACCAGCACAAUCUAAAAAUGGCGGCUGCUGCUCUAGGUUUUAGUUGUCUUCUCGUGUUCCCCAGAAUUGCUUCCCCCUGUAAGCCCAUUCAUCAAACACUUUGGUUCCUGCCCUCAGGGUCCAUUACCUCAACACUUCUAGUUACAGGCCUGGAACAGGAACAUAGAUUUCUCUGAAGUCCUUGUGAGAUGAGCCCCAGAAAAGUUUCAUGGCUAAUUUGUUCUGGCAUAACUUUUUCUGCUUAAAACCACUGCACGAGCACCAGGUAUCACGUUAGAAUUGGCCUCCUGCUGACCUGUAGCUCAGCCUGUGGUUGUGAGCAUAAUACAGAGUUUGCUCUGUAGCUGUGAAAGGAAUUCUUUUCCCUGUUUGUCAAAUGUUUAGCAGUCUCUAAAUUUAUGCCUGUCCGAGCUACACCACAUUUGGGACUUCAAAUCUAUUAAUACUGCUUUUAAAAAAGACCGAAUCAGAUUACAACGGCGAAGGUCAUGGAUUUUCUUUGAAGCUAAAACUGCACAGCGCACACACUUGUUCUGAGCUAUCCAUCAGAGUGAGAAAUUUUGCAUAGCAGAUGCAGAAUGCCUCUUAUUUUUAAUGGGGCACAAGGAAUUUAUGUAAAUAAGGCUUACCCUUCCUAGCUUAUUUCCUGUGUCAGACUAACCAUAGCUAUUACCAUUUAUUUUUAAUAUAGAUUUAGUUAAUCUAACCAAACGAGUGCACACAUGAAAAAAAUGUAUUAUGCUAUUAAAAGUCACUAGAACAAAGAGUAUGGAUUAAGAAUAUCAUUGGUUUCUUAUUCCAGAACACACAGAGACCUUUUUUGUGUUCAACAAAUCGUUUGUCAUCAAUAAACAAAUUACUGUAUUUACCUGAAUCCUAGGUUUUUUCCAACGUCUUAGAUGCUAGAAAUCAGGGAUCAUCUUAAAUACAGAUUCCUUUUCCUUUUAGGUAAAUACAGUACAACCUGUAUUUUUAAGAGAGUCGUCUUAAAUUCAGUAUUGUCUUCUAUUUGGGUAACCACCCAGAGACAGCAGUUUGCGGCAGUCUACAAAUCUGAUAAGUAAAUAAAGAAGGGUAUGUCAGCCACCCAGUCCCACUCCCUCGUCUCCAUGUGAACUGCUUCCCAGUGACUGCCAACUUCCAGCAAGAGAAGAUGUGCCUCAGUCUUGGUCAUCAGCGGACUGAAUUCCAGGUGCUUAGCCAGUUCUGCCUCAGUAGGAGCUGCUGUCCCACAGCAAUGGCCAAAGAACAGCUCUAGGGGAUACGAAGGACAAAGCACCAUGAAUAAUCCUGACACCCUGUGGGCACCAGGUUAUGUCCAUUCUCGGUGCUCACCGUGCACAGCACAGACAUCUAUAAAAUUACCCAUGGUGUGUGGAGAAUGUGGACAGAGUGAAGUUUCCCUCCUCACGAUGCUUGAACCAGGGGUCAUCCCAUGCAAUGAAUAGCCAGGAAAUUUAGGUCCAACAAAAGGAAGUAUUUUUUCCACACAGUGCAUAAUUAAUCUAUGGAAUUCUCUGCCACAGGAUGUGGUCAUGGCCACCAGCUUGGAUGCCUUUAAAAGGGGCUUAGACAAAUCCAUGGAGGACAGGUCUUUCAGUGGCUACUAGUCUUGAUGCUUAUAGACUACUCCCAGGCUCAGAGGCAGGAAGCCUCUGAAUAUCAGUUGCAGGGGAGCAACAGCAGGAGGGAGGGCAUGCUUCCAGCUCCUGCUUGUGAGCGUCUGGUGGGCCACUGGGAAACAGGAUGCUGGACUAGUUAGACCUUUGAUCCAGCAAGGCUCGUCUUACGUUCUUAGGGCUGCUCCAGCUUGACGUACUUACUCAGAAUUAAGUCCCAUUGUAUUCAAGAAUUGCAGCCGCAGUGUGUUUUUUCUGUGGGGAUCUUGUGCAGCCUCUUUUGAGAACACCAAACCGCUGCUAAAUGAGCAAAAACCGAAAGGCAUCUUUUAAAGUGGUGGCUCAUAUUCAGCAGAGAGAGAGCAACUGGCCCUGGCCACAGCAUCCCUCCUUGGCUGCUGUUGGUGUUUACCUGAUGUUUCUUUUUUAUAUUGUGGGAGCCCUUUGGGGACAAGGAGCCAUCUUAUUUAUUUAUUUUUAUUUUUCUAUGUAGACGCUUUGGAGACCUUGUCGAAAAGCGGUAUAAAAGUGGUGGUGGUGGUAGUAGCAGUAAAUCAACCUUUUUCUUCUUCUUUUUGCCUCCCUUCCUUCACUUUCACAUAGCUUGCUAGUUUUGACAUCACGGAGAAAUUGUGCAUGCUAAGAAUAAAGCAGCCCUGUUGGGCCAUUAGGCUCUUCAGGUAGAGCAAAUGCACCUAAUAACGCAUGCCUAAUAGUGCUGGCCAUCCUGGUUAUAGCAUGUCUGCAAGCAAACAAUCGCCACCAUAGCCGUGAGCAGCGAGGUUGAGGGGGUGGGUGACGUGAAAGGGUGAGAGUUGGUCUUGUGGUAGCAAGCAUGAUUUGUCCCCUUUGCUAAGCAGGGUCUGCCCUGGUUUGCAUUUGAAUGGGAGGCUACAUGUGAGCAGAGUAAGAUAUUCCUCUUAGGGGAUGGGGCCACUCUGGGAAGAGCACCUGCAUGCUUGGGUGCAGAAGGUUCCACGUUCCAUCCCUGGCAUCUCCAAGACGGCUGGGAGAGACUCCUGCCUACAACCUUGGAGAAGCCGCUGCCAGUCUGUGUAGUCAAUACUGAUCUAGAUGGACCAAUGGUCUGACUCAGUAUAUGGCAGCUUCCUAUGUACUGAACCAACUAGUCACACCUCCGCAGCAUUGCCAGCUGUGGCAGGCCUCUACAGAUAUUCCCCUUAGGGGAUGAAGCUGCUCUGGGAAGAGCAGAAGGUUCCAAGUUCCCUCCCUGGCAGCAUCUCCAAGAUAGGGCUGAGAGAGAUUCCUGCCUGCAACCUUGGAGAAGCCGCUGCCAGUCUGUGAAGACAAUACUGACCUAGAUAGACCAAGGGUCUGACUCAGUAUAUGGCAGUUUCCUAUGUUUCCUAUGCAUGUGGUUGACCCAGGGUGGGGAUGGAGUUGGUUCUCCCUGUGACCGAGACUGCAUUCCAGCGUGAAGGCGUCAGCAGAGCUAGAAUCUGAACUCGUGUGAAUGGGCACUCUGUUUAUACCUUUAAGCUUUACAUGGGACAGUCACUGACCAUAUUUUGGGCCACAAGUUCUGUACCAGGUACCUGGCUAAGCGAGCACACUGGCUAAGCUUGCACCGGUGUGCUUCACAGCCACUCCCCCUGCUCUUCCCAAGCACAGCGUUCAUCGGCAGCAACAAACCGGGGGAAGGACCAUAGCUCAGCAGAAGAGCAUCUGCUUUGCAUGCAGAAGGUCCCAGGUCCAGUCCCUGGCAGCAUCUCCAGUUAGGGCUGGGGAAGACUCCUGCCUGAAACCCCGAAGAGCUGCUGCCAGUCAGUGUUGAUACUGCGCUAGAUGGACAAAUAGCCUGACCACUGCAGCCAGGGAGAGUUUCUCCCUGUGAUCUCGAGUGCUCUUUGCCGCUGCAGACAAAUGCUGUACUUGGGAAGAGUGGGAUGUGUGGCUAUGGAGUGCGCCAGUAUGGGGCUGGGGCUCACCAUGUUCAUACUGACCCUAUAUCCAGGUACACUCUAGAUUGCUUCUCAACAGGGUGUGUCAUACCUCUUGUAUUUUAUGGCCUUAUGGUACAGAGACAGGGAGGAGAGCUGGUCUUGUGGUAAAGGUAAAGUGUACCGUCAAGUCGAUUUCGACUCCUGGCGCCCACAGAGACCUGUAGUUUUCUUUGGUGGAAUACAGGAGGGGUUGACCAUUGCCUCCUCCAGCACAGUAUGAGAUGAUGCCUUUCAGCAUCUUCCUAUAUCGCUGCUGCCCAAUAUAGUAGCAGCGGGCAUUCGAAACCGGCAACCUUCUGCUUGUUAGUCAAGCAUUUCCCGCUUGCUGCGCCACUUAAGGUGACUGGGUCUUGUGGUAGCAAGCAUGAAUUGUCCCCUUUGCUAAGCAGGGUCAGCCCUGGUUUGCAUUUGAAUGGGAGACUACAUUUGUUUAAGAUAUCUCUUCUCUUUUGGAACAGAGGUUUGCUAAAGAUCAUCCUGUAACGGUUUUUUGCCCUUGUGGCGCUGGCCUCUUGGAAACUGUCACCCAUGUUUUGUUAUAUUGUUCUUUGUAUCGGGACACCAGAGAAGAAAUUAUUUUCCCUCUGUUACUUAAAUUUCCUGGAAGGUGUGAGCCUUUUUAUACAUAUUAUUGCCUCGUGGAUUUAAACUCUGAGAUUACAAAAACUGUAGCUAAAUUUUUUAAUAUAGCCAUUAGGUUAAGGUCUCAAUUAAGCGAUUAAUUGCAGGAGCUGCGUAUUGUUUUUAAGUAACUUAUUAUGAAUGAUUGUAUUUUGUUUUAUUCUGUUUUAGCAUUGAUUAUUGAUCAUUGUAUUGGACGUAUUUGCUACCUCUAUUCUUGCUGGCCAAUGGCUGUAAUACAAUUGAAUUGAUGA